CGACCGGUGGAUACGCCCGUCUGCGGAGCCUGGAGACGUGCAACUGGACAGCACCUUUCUCACCGGCGAUGUACGGCGGCGGUGUAAUGGCCUCACUACCACCCCCACGGAUUUGAGCUUCAAGCUACAGCACUGAUGCAGUGACCUCAGUGUGUGUGUGCUCUGCUAGGGUGCGGAGUUGGUGGGCGUUGCUUCCAUUCGGGCCCUGAGAAGGGACAGCCCCUGUGUCAUCCAUGCCGUUAUUUCCCAAGAGGCAGCCAUCGCUGCUGGCUAUGCAUCUACCACUAAGGUCUACGAAGUCGGUGCCCACUAUGGACUUGUUCCAGGCGAUCGCCGAGGGCAAGGAGGGGGUCCUGAGCCAGUACCUCGAAGACCUGAGCGACCCUAUUCGAAGGGUGAAGGUCAAUGACCGCGACAAGAACACGGGCGCCACGCUGCUUCACCAGGCCGUCAAGAUGAAGAACAACGCCAUCCUCGAUAUGCUGCUCACCUACGGUGCAGAUCCAAACGUUAAGGAUAAAAUGGGCUUCACACCUCUGCACUAUGUCGCCAAGUUUGUGCGACCGGAGAAAAGGAGGAGCAUAAUCCUUGCAUGCGAGGAUUCGGCUUCGCUGAUGAUUCAGACGCUCAUGUCGGCGGUGGGCACUGGAGCCAACGCCAUCGACGCUUGGGGGAUGACACCAUUGCACCAUGCGUCCUUAUCUGGGAACAGUCACGUGGUGCGCUGUCUGCUGCCAUACGCUAGCGUGGACAAAGAGGUGACAGACAAGCAGGGCCGCACUGCGCUGCACAACGCGGCCACCCUGGGCGACGCCGAGGUGGUGCGACUUCUGCUGAGUCACGGCGCCAACAUCCACGCCGUGGACAAGAAGGGCCUCACGCCGCUGCACAUCGCCGCCAAGGAGGGCAGUCUGCAGGCCGUGUGCCUACUUUGCCAGGAAAUACAAAAAGAGGCGAGCACCCAUGAUGAACAGUUGCAACCGAACACACACUUAUGCGGUGUUUCGCUGCUGCAGGACAUCCCGGUGGCUGUUCUCUCACGGAGGGACAAGCAGAACAAGACGCCCCUGCACUACGCCGUCGAGAACAACCACAUCGAAAUAGUGCGCUUCCUCUUGGAAAAAGGCGUGGAUCCGAACUGCUCGUCAUCAACGGGCCUGACGGCGCUGCACCUGGCCGCCAUGCGGGGCGGCGUGCCCAUGUGCCAGCUGCUCAUGGACCACGGUGCCGCCACCGACGUGCUGGCCGACGGAAACAAGACGCCCCUGUUUCUGGCGGCCACCAACGACCGACCACGCAUCGUCGCCUUCCUGCUCGACAAGGGCGCUGGCAUCGAAGAUCGGGACGUGGAAGGCAACAGCCCUCUGCUGGGAGCCGUAGACAGCGGCAGCGUGGAGGUGGUGCGAUUGCUGCUGGACCGCGGUGCCGACAUCGAUUCGCGGAACAACGACGAUCGCAAUGUGCUGCACAUGGCUGUGCUCUCCAAGAACGAGGAUGUGCUUCAGCUGCUCCUUGCAGUCAAGGGGUCGGAACAACUGAUAAACAGGAAAGACUGCGACGGAGACACUCCUCUUCACCAUGCAGCACGUAAUGCUUUCCUUGACAUUGUUCAGAUACUCCUAAAGCGUGGGGCCAGAGCAUCUGCAAAGAAUUCGAGCGAAGAAACGACUCUACAUGCCGCUUGCCACUACAACUUUCCAAACGUGGUGCGCGAGAUCGUGAAGCAGGACGCUCGACUGGUGAACGAGACGGACAUCCACUGGAACACGCCGUUGCACGUGGCGGCGCAAGGCGGUUUCAGCGAGACGGCCGCCAUCUUGGUGGAAGCCGGCGCCUAUCUGGAGGCCAAGAACUACUAUGAGUGGACGCCCCUGACGGUGGCCUGCAAGAACGGAGACUUCGACACCGUCUCGAACCUGCUGGGUGCCGGGGCGUCCGUCAACAGUGUCGACAAGAUGAAGAACAGGCCACUUCACAUCGCGGCCGAGUUUGGAAACGAGUCGGUUGUGAAGCUCCUGCUGAAUCGCAAGGACGUCAGGGACUUCGUCUGCAAGAGGAACGCGAACAAGAAGAAUUGUCUCGACAUGGCCAUCGAGGAAGAGCACAGAGAUGUGGUUGAAGCGCUGCUGAAGAGCCGGUUUUGGAAGGAACUGCUGCAGAACUCGACCGACAGCGAGCAGUACGGAACUCAUCAGACCCCGCUGCGAAACUUAAUUCGCACUAUGCCAGACUUGGCCACGCUCGUGUUCAACAGCUGCGUCACGGUGGAAGCCGGAUCUGACGAAGACCCUAACAAGUCGGUCACGUACCAGUACCAGUUCCUGGACGACGCCUUCUGCGGUUGCGGGGCCGACGACUCCGGCGACGAGAGCGACUCGGACUCCGACUCGCCCGCCCCAGGCAAGAAAGUCUACGACGACAAUGGCAACGUGCUUCCUGGGACGCCACUCUAUUCUAAGGACUUCGGUACCCUCAAGCAAAACCACCCACUCAUGAUCAUGGCAAACGAGAGGCGGCGCGCCCUACUGGGCCACGAACUGUGCAAGAGCCUUCUGCUGCACAAAUGGGAGAGCUACGGCCGCUACGUGUACUACAGCACUAUGUCGAUCUACCUGCUCUUCCUGGGGUGCCUCACGUCGUUCGCCAUGGGCACUCCGGCGCCGUGCCCGCUGGACUUCCCGCAUUUUAACACCACGUGCUCGUUCAUCUCACGCUACAAUACCUGCGCCGUCAUCGGCGAAGCGUCCGACGAAGGACAGUACAUGCAGACAGACUUCGCUCGAAAAGCUAAAAUUAUUAUAUUCAUGGUGUCCCUCAUAUUCCUAUUGAAAGAGGUCUUCCAAAUGUACAACACGCGCUGGAACUACCUCGACCUCGAAAACCUGUCAGAAUGGAGCUGCUACGUCUGUUCCCUGCUCUUCGUCUUCAACUUCACUGACUGUUCAGCAUCAACCGGCGUCCCAGAGCCCUGGCAAUGGCACCUGGGUGUCGUGUCCGUGUUCCUCAGCUGGGCUUUACUGGUGAUCUACAUCCGGAAGCUCCCCUUCCUGGGAAUCUAUGUGGUCAUGUUCACCAACGUGCUCAGCACCUUCUGCCAGUUCUUCAUGGUCUUCUUCCUCUUCAUUGUGGCCUUCGCCCUGACUUUCUUCGCACUUUUGCAGAAUCAGGCUCCAUUCGACACCCCAUGGAAGGCAAUCAUGAAGACCACAGUGAUGAUGGUCGGCGAGAUCGAAUACGACAGCAUAUUCACGGAGAACGUGCUGCCCUACGAGACCUCCUCGUACAUUCUGAUGGCUCUGUUCAUCGUGCUUAUGACCAUCAUAACGUCCAACUUGCUCGUCGGUCUGGCAGUCGAUGACAUCAAGGAGGUUCUAGAACAAGCCGAGCUCAAGAGGCUGGGAAUGCAGGUGAAGCUCGUUCUGACAGUGGAGACGAUGCUGCCCACGUGGGUCCGACGUCGAGUCGUCGUGCAGAAGAGGACCAUAAAGCCGAACAAGAAGACGAAGCUGGCCAUCCUGCUGCGACGAAUGUUCGGCAUCAACGUCCAAACCGUUCAGCACAAAGGCCAAGACGAGAAAUACACGGUAGAGAAGGUCUACGAGCACCAGGAGGCCAUGGAGCGCAUGCUGAAACACCUCGAGGAGCGCAUGAACAUCCUCACGCAGCAGGGUCACCGGCUGGAGAAAGCCCUGAACGCACUGUCGCAUCGCUUGGACGACGACUCGGACGGCAGGUCUCGCUCGGCGAGAACGUCAUUGUCUAACGACUUGUGACCACACGGGCCGACUGCACCGCAUCAUUUUAACAGAGUGUUGUGUUUGCGCGAUCGUCCUCACAUUGUCACGUUUUUAACGGGUAAAUAAAGAAG